AGACAGUUGCACGCCGGCUGGCAGGUACGGGUGCUCCUACUCAAGGCAUUUUGCAGAAGCACCCUUUACUUGGUGCGGCUGGGUCAGUAACAGAAUCAGCUCUCCCCGCUCCGCCAGCAAGAUGGUGAAGUACGGCCUUGACUACACUCGCUGCAGAUGGAUCCUACCCCUGCUCCUGGGCAUUGGCGUAAUCUUUGGCAUCAUUGCACUGGCGGGCAGGGGCUGGCUGGAGUCACAGACCUUGCCCUAUGUGCACCAAGCGUCGCUAUGGGAGAGCUGCACCAGGCCUCCGCAGGGUGGGGAAUGGAACUGCGAGUCUCUCAUGGGUUAUGCUUGGGGAAGAGCUGCAGCUGCCACAUACCUUGUUGGCUUCAUACUCCUUGUCAUCUGUUUUGCUCUGGCCAUCAUAGCGUUUGCCAUUGAUACACUUCGGUUCAACUUCAUAAGAGGGAUUGGAGGCUUGCUUUUUGUUGCUGCUGUGUUCUCCGUCAUGGGCCUGGUCAUUUAUCCAGUGAAGUUCUCCAGUGAAAUUGAAAUGACAGGAAUCAAUAUGUUCAGCUGGGCCUACGGCUUUGGCUGGACCACUGCCAUUAUGGAAAUAUGCUUGGGAUUCUUCUUCUGCUGCCUUCCUAACUAUGAAGAUCAAAUCUUGGGUAAUGUGAAGCCCACAUAUUUUUACUCUUCCCCAUAAGCACCAGAAGAAAUAUAUUUUUAUUCAAGAGAUAUCUGACAGACCAUCUACAUUUUCCAGAAUAGUAUCAUCAGAUGGAGUAGUAAAGGUUGGAAACUUUUAAAAUACAUAUACAGAAAAACAGUACUGGCAUUUUACAAUAAAGUUAUUUACUAUUUUCUGAACCUUCGUAUCUGAUGUGGAUUGCUUAGAAGAUUCAUUCUAAAAAUUAAAAAAAUCCUUGUGUUUCCUCAUUCAUUCCCAUGAAUGUGGAUGCACAUGGAUUCCAUUAAAUCUUGCAUGCUUUUACAUUUCCAAUUAAAAUCAGAAAAGAAACUAUCAGUAAACAAAACAACACAUAUUGUCUUUCUGAAGAAAAUCAACUCACAGAAAUCCCAUUUUGUAUGUUUCAAUUUUCUCUAACCUGAAGAUUUUGUGCAUUUUUCAAGAAAGCAAAUGCCUUAAUCUACUGACUGUCAGAGCAGCAAAUUAGUCAGCCAGUGCUUCAUGACUUCCAGUUUUGCAUUCAUUCACUUAAACUGUAGGGCUACAGGGCAAGAGAGACCCCCACUACCAAAGCUAGCAUCCUGACUUUCAUUCAUCCAUUUGGAACUUAAGUACUUAUUUCUGAAUGUUAGCAUCAGUAAGCUAAGACCACCAGUAAUCCAAGCACCCUUAAAAAUUCUGGCAUUCUGUUGUUGGUGCCAGCACAGAGCAGGCAAAGGCAGAGGGGAUUUCCAGACAUUUCUACAACCUAUAGAUCUGGUUUGAAGAGGGUCCUGGUUCAAUAUUUUUUUCAUGGGCCUCUACCCCUUUGAUUAGCUGUAUCAAAACCUAUGUCUUUAGGAAGCUCUGUUUUACUGUUCUAGCUGUUUUAUCCAGGAUAAAAGAGUCAGGAAGGAGUUAUGCAGAGGUAUAAGCCCCUCAGCAGUCUGGGCUCACAUCAGAUGUGGGCCUGGAGCAGUGUGAUUCUAGGUAUCAAACUUUUGCCAAAAGGCCCUUUUUCAUUAAUUUGAUAUUUAUAAGUAUUCUAAAAGUAGAAAUUGUAUACUGUAACGUGUAAAUACCAACCAAUACUAAGAGUCUCACAUACAAAAUACCCUAUAGUAUCUUAUAUUCCACAGUGCUGCAAGCCUGGGUAUAUUGAAAGCAAUACUCGAUAAACUGCUGGCUUCUGCAUUGCUAACCCUAGCUUUAUAAUACUCAAUGUCUUGCUUUCUGUAAAGAGAACUCCUACUGAAAUCUUUAACUAGAUAGAAUUAUUUUCUUGUAAUACAUGUGCAAUUUUGUAACUGUACUUUAUGAAAAGUGUCCUGCCAAAUGUUCUUUACUGCAAAGAAUGAGAGAAAUUUUUUUUAGUAAAGCCUUUAAGUAGCUAAAAUUAAUAGAGACACAGGCCUUAACCUUCUUUUUUUUUUAAAUAAAAAAAUAUAUAUAUUUUAUUCAUCCUCUUUUUUUUUUUUUUUUUAAAUGCAGUUAACUCCAUUUAAUUUUAUGGAGUGACUCCUAACUUAGAUCAAUAAAUGUGAGAGAUGUAUCAGGCUGAUGUGGAGUGUCCAUGUGACAGGGAAAAGCUAGAAAAAAACUUGCAAAUACAUUAAGAACUAGUUGUAAGAAAAUGAAAAUAAAAUAAACACAGUUGGCAAAACCGUUUGUAUAAAAUGGCUUUCAAUUCUUUAUGUAACGUUAUCUGUCCAGGAAAAGAAAUUCAUAACUCUUUCCAUUAUGCUUAUUAUACCUAAUAAAUGAUGGUAUCUAUGUAUUGUUUCAAAA